AUGGUCGAUCCUAUAUCAGUUAUUGCAACCACUGGAUCAGUUGUUGCAACAUUAUAUACUGUUAUAACAACAAUUAUAGAGUUUAUCGACACAGUUGAAGAAAAUAAACAACAUGCAAAACAAUUAAUCAAACGAGUUGAACGUUUUCAAAAAAUUAUUGAAAAUUGCACAAGAGAUGAUGGACAUUUAUUAGAUCAUAUGCAACGUGUUCUUGAAAAAGCUUAUGAAUAUGCAUUGCAAUUCAAAAAAGAUCAAUACAUCUCUUUAUUUAGCAAAGAAAAAGACCAGCAUCGUUCUCUUGUAGCUAAAAAUGAUGCAAUAGUACCUGUCGAAGAUCCAUUACAAGAUGAGUCUACAGUCGUUAGAAAUACUGAAGAAGUUUCGCAAGUGCCGCUAGUAAAUACCCAAAACUCUUGUAUAUGUACCGGUCCAAAUAAAUUUUCACGUUUCUGGCAAAAAUCAAGAAUUUAUCGUUGUUAUAAAUCGAUUAAAACAGAUUUAGAACGACUUGAUAAGGAAAUUGAUAGAGCUGGUGGUGACGCAGCGUUCGGUAUUCUUAUUGAUGUCAAUAAUAAAGUAACUGUAAUAGAAGAAAAAAUUGAUACAGUAAUUAAAGGUCACAAGGAAAUUGUUGCCGCAUUAACUAAUGUUCAUUCUUCAUCAUCACAAAAUAUCAUUGAUGAACAAAAGUUACGAAUUAUCAAGAAAUUAAAACAUGAAUAUACAUCUAAAUAUGGCAAAAUAAAACGAUUAAUGACAAAUACAUUUGUACCAAUUGAUGAAGAAAAUUAUAUCAAUUUAGCUAUUAUUCACAAAGAACAGAAAGAAUCUAACAUUUCUAAACAGAGUGAAUUUGAUUAUAGUACAUAUGAAUUAAUAUAUGGAUCAAAAAUAUCGAGUUAG